CUUGUACCUGGUCUACUAAUUAAAGUUAAAAAAAUACUACUUAAAGUUGUGGUUUGGUAAGCUUUUGGUUAAGAUUAUUCAAUUAACAUUCCAUGUGUUUUUCAUACCCAUCAAUAACCUUUUCAAAAGUAGAAUAAAGCAGAGGCCCCAACAGAAAAAAUUGGGGAAGAAAGAGAGAGAGAGAGAGAUCCCACAAACAUUAUUGCUUAGCUUUAUUCACACAGGCUCUCAAAUCGUUAUCACACUUCCUUGCUCUGAUCCACUUCUUUCCAAUGUUUCCACACUUCCAUCUUUUUUUUUUUUUUCUUUUUUUUUCUUUUUCUCUCUUUUUCCAGAGACUUUCCACCGUGUUUUCCACUGUUCACAACCAGGUUUCAUCAUUCCCUUCCUUUCUCUCUCUCUCUCUCUCUCUCUCUCCUUUUGUUCGUUAUGAAUAAUAGUCCAUUGUUUUUAUAUUCUUUAGUAAUGUAUCAUCUUGGCCGCUAAUAGCUUUUUCGUUUUUCGCUAAGAAGCCGCUAAAAACUUAGAUUAGAAAGUUAAAAAACUUUGUAACAUAUAGUUUUUAUUUAUUUAUUUAUUUCUUGUAACGUAUAGUUUCAAAUUUAGAGCGUGGUCAAGUUAUUGUUGUCUAAUAUUUGUAUAUAGAUUUUAUAUAUAUAUAUAUAUAUAUAUAUAAUUUUUAUUUACUAGGCAUUAUUGACCAAUUUAUACCGGCCAUCACAUUAAUUUCCAGUAAGUUUGUGUUCUACAUUAAUGUCCAGUUUGAAAUUACAUUAUCUGCGGUAAUUGGUAUAUUCCAUAAAUUAUAUGUAAUUGACCACAUACACUAACAAAUGAUGAAGAAACAAAAUAGAUUUGGAGAGGCUCGCUAACAUUCACAAUUCCAUUUGUAUGAGCUAUCACAAUUCAAUUUUAGAGGCAUCUGGUUUACCAUAAACCAUUAGAAAAUACCCUUUGUAAAUUAUGCGCACACACACACACACAUACAUAUAUACAAUAUUUUCUUUUCAAUUGAAAAACCCAUUACAGUUCACAACUUCUUAUGAUAUAUAAUACCCUCCCUAUAUAUAUCAUAUCUAGUACGAAGUAGUAGUACUAGAACUGUUAUUGUCCAAAUAAAAAUAAACUUGUUGCUCCCACAGUGGGAGAUUCAAAGUCCACAUGGCUCUGGAACUAAUAAAAUUGUGUGUUUUAGUUAAGCAGUAAACAUCUAUUUACCAUUUAGCAGCUAAAAGAUAUUUAUUCACCAAAAAGCAUUAUGGUUGCAACACAAUUACAGUACGAGCAACUUUAGUCUUUGUUCUUCUGUAAAGAACUCAAAAAUCCAUUCUCUCUCUCUCUCUCUCUCUCUGGUGUGCUUUGUGCUUUUGUGAACCUCCGAAGAUAGCAAGGAGACUUUCACACAAUCCAUGGCUUCCAACAGGUUUGCAACCAUGUUGCAUAGAAACACCCACAAACUCAUUCUAAUUCUGGUUUAUGCACUUCUUGAAUGGGUUCUGAUAAUCCUUCUGCUCUUAAACUCCUUGUUCAGCUACUUGAUUACCAAAUUUGCAAAUUACUUUGGUCUUAAAAAGCCCUGCCUGUGGUGUUCUAGAGUUGAUCACAUCUUAGAACCUGGUAAAGGAACAAAGUCUUAUACAGAUCUUGUAUGUGAGAGCCAUGCAAUGGAGAUUUCUCAAUUGGGUUACUGCUCAAACCAUCAAAAAGUUGCUGAAUCACAAAAAAUGUGUGGGAAUUGCUUGGCCUCUCAGCCAAAUUAUAUCGGAAAAUCCACGGGAAUGACUAGGAGGAUGGCUUUCAUAUCGUGGAUGAACGACAACAGGCUCGAAAAUGAUGAAAAUGUUUUCACGUGUUCUUGUUGCAAUGAGAGCUUGAGCAGCAAAAAUCAACAUCCUCAUUUGCUGUUUAAGUCAGCUUGGGAAUCUAUGGAGUACAACCAGAAAGGAGAUUUGAUUAUAGAAGCAAUGGAUGGUGAUGAUAAUGACAACAAUGGAGGUGAGUACCUUGGGUCAAUAAAACAUGAUAAGCUGCCAAAUCACAGCAAGAAUAUUGAUUGUGAGAUGGAAAUAAACAACGAAGAACAUGAUGAUGAUGGUGAUACUAGAAUAGCAGAUGAAAAUCGUUUUCCUUCUAAUGUUCAUAGCUUUAGCUUGAGAGAAACACCAGAGGAAGAUUGUUUAAGUUCUGCAUCAAUGUUUAUUUGUUAUGAAAAGGAAGCAAUGGAAGAUAACAAAUCAAGUUCACUUGACAUUGCGAGGCAAGAUUCUAAUGGCACCGAGUUCGGUACUCAAUUCUCGGAUGGUUCUACCAUCCAUUGUUGUUCUGAAGAAGAUGAUUUAGUUGAAAUUAUUGAUCUCUCUUGCAAGGAUCAUAGGAUUCAUGAUCUCAAUCAUCGUUUGAUUCCUAUCGAGUUGAUCGACUUUUCAACAAGAGCAGACCAGGGACUCUACAGCUUAAAAGAGGAAGAUAGCGUAAAGCAUUCUCAUGAGGAUGAAAAUCUACAUUAUAAUUCAAGAGUUGGAUCACAACUCGAAAUUGCAGGCAAAGCAGAAUUAGUAAUAAUGAACAAAAGCGCAGAGAAGACAGGUAAUGGAGAAUUUGAAAGCUCGAAAAUGGAGGAGGCUGCUGUUGAUAAAUCUUCAUUGCCAGAUGGUGAAGAUAGAGAACAAGAUUUGGUAGGAAAGUCAAGUGAACAAGUUUUUACAAGUCAAGAAGUUCAAACUUUAUCAACCAAUGUUAAAAAAGUAGCCAUGGAAAAUCCAAACAACCAACCAGCAGCAGAAUCUAAAGAAGAAAGGGAUGCAUUUUUGGAUGAUCAAACUAUUUCAAGAACCUUGGUAAGCACACAAGUUUCUGAUUGUUCAGCUGAUCAAUUUCAAGAAGAUCAAUCUCUCAUAAACAAUGAUGGUGCUGAAAUUUAUAAGGGUCCUGAUGCGUUAAUGGCUCAGAAUGAUCAUGGUUCACAACAUAUGGAAAAAGCUGUAGUGCAUAGGGAAACAGGUUCAGUUGAAAAAAACCAAAAUGGGACAGAAAAUCUAUGCUUGCUUUCAGAGGAUAAUGAACCGAAGGAAGAGAAAUAUCCUGACACACCGACUUCUGUUGAGAAUCUCCAUUACUUGGAGAAGAAGCAGCUGCAAUUCGAGAGGAGGGAAUCCGGGACAAAGGAGUCUUUCUAUGGAAAUGUCGUUAAUCAACUGGAAGGUAGUGAUGUAGUUACAACUAUUGAAGCACUUAAAGCAGCUUUGCAAGCGGAUCGAAAAGUACUGAGUGCUUUAUAUGCAGAACUAGAGGAAGAGAGGAGUGCCUCUGCAAUAGCUACCAACCAGACAAUGGCAAUGAUAACCAGGCUUCAAGAAGAAAAAGCGGCUAUGCAAAUGGAGGCCUUGCAAUACCAAAGGAUGAUGGAAGAACAAUCCGAGUAUGAUCAGGAAGCUUUACAGCUACUGAAUGACCUGAUGGUCAAAAGAGAGAAGGAGAAGCAGGAACUCGAGAAAGAAUUGGAAGUAUAUCGAAAGAAGGUCGUCGAUUACGAGGAGAAAGAGAGUUUGAGGAUGAUAAGAAGGAUAAGAGAUGGAAGUGUAAGAAGUGGGAACUCAUCUGCUUCUUGCAGCCAUGAAUGUUAUAGUGAUCAUGAGCUAUCUAUUGAUCUAAAUCAUGAAGGGAGGGAUGGAGAUACUAUGAGCUUCAAUGGCAACCAAGAAAGCAGUAACUACAAUACUCCAGCUGCUGAAAUCAUAAAUUUGGAGGAAAUGGCUUUAGACUGUGUGAAGAAUAUUAGUGUUCUUGAUGACUCAUUGGUAGAAUUCGAGGAAGAGAGGACAUCCAUACUUGAUCAGCUUAAAGCAUUGGAGGAGAGGCUAAUCAAAUUGGGUGUCAGUAAUGAAUUAUCCGAGGAUCAUAAUGAUUUUAGCAGUCUAGAAGAUAAUGGUUUUUCAAAAGACAAACAUUACCAUGAGGAAAAAACAUUGAGCUCCAUGGCAAAGAGUCUGCUUCCACUAUUAGAUGCAGCUGGUGAUGAAACUGAUCAGGAAGGACUAAGAUAUGAAGACAAUGUUGUUGAAUAUAAAUCUGAUGAUCAAAUUCAGGUUUCUGAAUUGGACAAACAGAAAGUAAUCAAAAUCGAGGAGGUUGACCAUGUGUAUGAGAGGCUACAAGCUCUUGAAUCAGACAGUGAGUUUCUGAAACAUUGUAUGGGCUCUAUAAAGCAAGGAGAUAAAGGAAAGGAUCUUCUUCAAGAGAUAUUGCAGCAUUUAAGGGAUCUAAAAACCAUUGAACUCCAAGAAAGGAAUAUGCAUCGUGGUUCUUUGAGUUUUGGUGAAGUUCCUUUAUAAUUUGUUCAUUUCUUCUAAUCAUUUCCAUGGUAUCAGAUUAUCCUAUCCUACUUUUUGGUUAUUGAAAAACCAGUAUGAAAUAUUUGUAAAACAACAUACAAUUACUAUGUGAUUGUCAUUGAUAUUUUUAGGUUUUGUGAAAUGUUUGUGUUAUGCUUUUCAUUUUGCCUUCCGAACUAUAAAACCUUCAUGUUGUAUCUUGAUCUAUGUUUAUUGGUUUAAUUAGUCUAAUCA